CUCAUUAUAGAUACCAAGAACUGUCAAGGUGUUCUGCCACAUAAUAUUGAGGAGAUUGCCUUUAACGCAGUUGUUGUUAAAUGGAACCCCAUGGAUGGACCGGUCAAGGUGAGUUAUAGCUUUUUUUCAUAUCAGCCUUUAUUUUUUUUUUUUUUUUUAAAGCUACUAAGCGUUUUAUUUAAACACGCAGUUUUCUCUCCACCGAACAGCUAUAAAUUGUAGAAUGAAUGUACAAAGUUCGUUCAAACAAGAGGUCAAACAUCAUCGCUGUGUCCAUCCGCAGGUCAACAUCGCCGUCCACUGUCUGAGCACUGAUUUCAGUAACCAGAAGGGCGUCAAAGGGAUACCACUGCACAUACAGAUAGACACGUACGAGCAGAACCCAAGGGAGAACACUCUCGUGCACAGGGGCUAUUCCCAGAUCAAGGCAUUUUGUGAUAAG